UUAAGUAUUAUUCAUCAUUUUUUUUAGUCCUUUUUCAUUCUGCAAUCAUUAAAGAACAAAUGAGAUAACAUUUGUAGAACCAAGUAAGCUAAAGUGAAGCAUGGCUUCUGUUUUCUCUUCUUCUUUCCUCUGUCCACUCAAAACCACAAAAUUAAGAAUAAAGCUUCAAACUUUACAGAGUUCUCAAAAACCAUUCUUGAUAAAUUCACUUCAGUUAAGAGAACUUGACCCAAAAAUCCCACAACCAGUUCAAACAUUCUGGAAGUGGCUAUGUGAUGAAGGAGUUGUAUCAAUAAAGACACCUGUAAAGCCAGGAAUUGUAGCAGAGGGUUUAGGAUUAGUUGCUAACAGAGAUAUUUCAAAAGGGGAAACAGUUUUAGGAGUGCCUAAAAGGUUCUGGAUCAACACAGAUACAGUUGCAGAAUCUGAAAUUGGGAAUGUGUGUACUGGAUUAGAACCUUGGAUUUCUCUUGCUCUCUUCUUGUUGAGAGAGAAAUGGAAAGAUGAUUCCAAGUGGAAAUAUUACAUGGCUGUUCUUCCAGAGUCUACUGAUUCCACUAUAUAUUGGUCUGAAGAGGAGCUCUCUGAGAUUCAAGGAACUCAACUUUUAAGCACAACGUUGAGUGUGAAAGAGUAUGUGCAAAGUGAAUUUCAAAAAUUGGAAGAACAAGUCAUACUUGGUAACAAGCAGCUUUUCCCUUUUCCUAUAACCUUGGAUGAUUUCUUCUGGGCAUUUGGAAUACUCAGAUCAAGGGCGUUUUCCCGUGGUGGGAUUCAAAAUCUAAUGCUGGUCCCCUUUGCUGACCUGGCAAACCACAGUGUCAAAGUGACCACAGAAGAUCAUAUCCAUGAAAUUGGGGGACCAGCAGGUCUGUUCUCCUGGGACUUGUUAUUUUCUUUUCAAAGUCCAUUGAAACUGAAGGCUGGUGACCAGUUUCUUAUCCAAUAUGGCUUGAAUAAAAGCAAUGCUGAUAUGGCUAUUGGCUAUGGCUUCAUCGAACCAAACUCAGCUCGUGAUGCAUUUACAUUAACAUUGGAAAUAUCAAAGACUGACUAUUUUAAUGGGGACAAGCUGGAUAUAGCAGAGUCAAAUGGCCUAGGAGAAACUGCUGACUUUGACAUAAAACUUGGACAAUCUCUCCCUCCUUCUCUAUUUCCAUAUCUUAGGCUGGUUGCCCUUGGUGGAACUGAUAAUUUCCUAAUAGAAUCAAUUUCUGGAAAUGCUGUUUGGAAUCUUCUCGAGUUGCCUGUCAGCAGAGCAAACGAAGAGCUCAUAUGUAAAGUUGUACGAGAUUUAUGCAGGUCUGCACUUUCUGGAUAUCACACCACAAUUGAAGAGGAUGAGAAACUGAUGAAGGAAGGGAACCUCAGUUCAAGGCUUCAGAUAGCAGUAGGGGUGAGAGCAGGGGAGAAGAAGGUUUUACAACAACUCGACGGUAUUUUUAGAGAAAGAGAACUGGAACUAGAUGAAUUAGAGUACUACCAAGAAAGGAGGCUUAAAGAUCUUGAUUUUGUUGGAGAGCCAAAGUAAGGAACUCUCUGCUGACCUUAUGACCAUUCUAGUUGAGUUAUAACAGCUUGGACUUCAAAGGCAAAGGCGGAUCUAGAAUUUUAAGUAUAUAGGCUCCUAUAAGAACCUCAACUUAGCUAUAUGACUUCUCAGCACACAAUACAAAUUUUCUCCAAGUACCCUUUUUUGGGCAUGACAAUUAGAUAAAUGAACAAACUGUUACAUCUUUUUGCUCCACAUUUUAGAGCAUUUGAUUGUAAAAAAAGGUUAUAUUCCUGUAAAAAACUGUGGUAUCAAGUACAAUCAACACUGUCCAACUUGUGGAAGAAAGUAAAAACAUAUGAACAAAAUGAAUGAACACAUUAACAUG